AGGUCAGAAAGAACACACGGUAAACGAAAGCGACAGAUUGGGCGGUGGUGGAUCUGGGUCGCAUGCGGGCAAACAGCAAGCUGUCUGGCAGGCCAGUGGACAGGAAGGCGACGCGAGAAAGAACGAAGAAGGAAAAAGCAAGGGAAAGAAGAGAAGAGGCAACAGGGCCUGCUCUCCAGGCGGGGCGCCAAGGAGAGGCCCAGACCGCGGGAGCGCACGUGGCCUACGCGGGCACAGCAAUCUCGGUGGGACGUCGAGACCCAGCAGCUGCAGAGCCCGGCUGAGGGUGGUUGGAACUCAGCUGCGGGGCCUUGAAGGCCGGGCUAGGCACGUUCUGUUCGUUAGGAGUUUCCGGGCGGCGGACACCUCUGAGCCCGGCUCCCCCUCCCGGGGCGGUUAGGGACAGAAGCUCAGGCCUCCAGCCUCUCCCCUAAGGGCGGAGCCAGACGUGGGAUCCAAUGAAUGGCCGCCCCGGGGCCCCGCCCCGCCCCCGCCUCCGGAGCCGCGGCCUUCGCAGAGCACCCAACCGCCCCUCGCCCAGGCCCGGGGCCGCACGAGCACCGAACCUCGGGCUGCGCCCCGCCUCAGGACACCAAGAUGCCUGGCGAACAGCAGGCAGAGGAGGAGGAGGAGGAAGAGAUGCAGGAGGAGAUGGUGCUGCUGGUGAAGGGUGAGGAGGAGGAGGGUGAGGAGAAGUAUGAGGUGGUGAAACUCAAGAUCCCUGUGGACAACAAGGAGGUUGCCAGCCAGAUGCCAGCGCCGUCGGCCGACCCGGCGCGCCCCCACGCGUGCCCAGACUGCGGCCGCGCCUUUGCGCGCCGCUCCACACUAGCCAAACAUGCGCGCACCCACACGGGCGAGCGUCCCUUUGCAUGCACGGAAUGCGGCCGGUGCUUCUCGCAGAAGUCGGCGCUGACCAAGCAUGGCCGCACGCAUACGGGCGAGCGACCCUACCAGUGCCCGGAAUGCGACAAGCGCUUCUCCGCCGCCUCGAACCUGCGGCAGCACCGGCGGCGUCACACGGGCGAGAAGCCGUACGCAUGCGCACACUGCGGGCGGCGCUUUGCGCAGAGCUCCAAUUACGCGCAGCAUCUGCGCGUGCACACGGGCGAGAAGCCUUACGCGUGCCCGGACUGCGGACGAGCCUUCGGCGGAAGUUCGUGCCUGGCGCGCCACCGACGCACGCACACGGGCGAGCGCCCGUACGCAUGCGCCGACUGCGGCACGCGCUUCGCUCAGAGCUCGGCGCUGGCCAAGCACCGGCGCGUGCACACGGGCGAGAAGCCGCACCGCUGCGCCGUGUGCGGCCGGCGCUUCGGCCACCGUUCCAACCUGGCGGAGCAUGCGCGCACGCAUACGGGCGAGCGGCCCUACCCGUGCACGGAGUGCGGCCGGCGCUUCCGCCUCAGCUCACACUUCAUCCGCCACCGUCGCGCGCACAUGCGGCGCCGCCUCUACAUCUGCGCGGGCUGCGGCCGAGACUUCAAGCUACCCGCCAGUGCCACAGCCGCCACGCCCACCGAGCGCUGCCCGGAGUGCGAGGGCAGCUGAGCCACGGCGGGGCAGCGAGGGGCACUUGGGACUUGCACCUGAAUUGUUCCUUCCAUGCCUGCACCUGGGUCGGGGUGCUCUGGGAUUGGGAGAUAGGGAAUGCCCUACUGAGGUCCCUAGAACCAUGCCUGGUCUCCGAUUACAUUUCCUUGGCCCUUCUGAGUGAAUAAAGUAUUCUAUCCUCACCUCA